AAAAAUUUAACCCAAAAAUUCACGCUCCUAAUGCUAACCCACGCGAGUCUUCGAUCUCACCGUCAUCGUCCCUCUCAGUCGCCGUCUCUCCGUGUGUAGAAUUCUCUGAUCAGUUUCGUCGUCGUCGUUCGCACAGAUGGCGUCGGAGUUGGGCGGAGGCGACGACACCAAUGGCUCCCUCUUCGAGGGCAUGGUCCUCUUCACCCCCUCCAAUCUCUCCCAGACGCCGGACCCUUCCCCCUUGCCCCCGCGGCCGGCGGUGCCGCCUCCUCCUCCUCCUCCUCCCUCUCACACCCAACCACUCGACGAAGACCUCUUCUCCGAUCUCACCCUCCAAAUCGCCGAAACCCUCUCCCCCGAUCCCCCUCCCCUCGCCCCCGCCCCCGCCCCUGCCGAUCCCCCUCCCCUCGCCCUCGCCCCCGCCCCUGCCGAUCCCCAUCCCCUUCCUCCUCCCCCCUCCCGCCAGAUCUCCCGCAAGAAGAAACGCGCCGUCCGGAUAGGCUACGCCCGCGACGACGCCACCGCCGCUGCUCCCGACGACCCCCCCUCUCCCCCCCCCAGGCCCCUGCCCUCCUCCUCCGGGGAGCCCGCCGUGAUCGCCACCACCCCAUCGCCAGCCGAAUUGCCCCCACCGACUCCCCUUGAAAUCGAUUCGUAUCCGCAUCACGCAAUCCCGGAGUUGCCGGAUCAAUCCAGAGGAGAAUCAGAUGACAAGAGCUCUGAUUCGAUUCUUGAAGAAGAGGAGAAUCAGGGCAAGGAUCUUCGGUCGGUCGAAGAAGAAAUAGUUCCUUCAGAAGACUGGGCAUCGACAAAAGAUGAUGCCUUUGGGUCAAUUGAGGAGAAAUUGGAGCUGGUGAGAGCGCGGAUAUCCAAAAAGCUGGAUUUGCUUGGGAAAAAGGUGGCUUCGGUCGCAGUGGAGAGGAAGGAACUGGUAAGGAGGCGGAGGAAAGCAGCUGAGAGUGUGAAUUUUGCGUCGGAGAGGUAUAAGGAGCUGGAGAAGGAGCUCGAGGAGGCCUGUGAGGCUGAGGAUUUUGAGUGGGCGGAGAGGGUCAGCGAGAGCCUUGCGGCAGUUGAGAAGGAGAAGGAUGAGCUGCUGAUCAGAUUGAGGGAAGUGGAGAUGGAGUGUGAUUCUGUGGAGUCGAAGAUGCAAGAGAUGCUGGAGUCGCAGAUAGGGGCGGAGGAGGAAGGUGCGGGUCUGCUGGAGCAGUUUGCUAAGGAUGCUGUUGAUUCUGCGGCUCUUGUUCUUAAAAGUGCAGAAGACACAUCUUCCAAAAAAUUAGAAGAAUGGAAAUCAUUAAUGGAAUCAUUGGAGAUUAAGAAGUUAGAGAUGGAAAUUCAAUCAUGUCUAAUAUCUGAGGCACGUUUGGGAUUGGCGCAUGGGAUAGAUAGUUUAGUUGAAGAUGACAAGAAGGAAAAAGAAAUGCUGAAGAGAAAAGGGGGUAUUCUGGCAAAGGAAUUGGAUGAACUGUUAACAUUGGUGAGAUUGAAGGAAGCAGAGAUUGCUGAGAAUAAUUCUCAAAUCCAAGAAGUUGAGAGUAGAAUUUCUAAUGUGGUAUCUGAGUUUCAUGAGACACAAUCUAGUAUUGAUUCGAAGCAUGAUAACCUGCAGGCAGCCCUUUUGAAGGUUGAGUCAGAAAGCGAGGCAUUAUUAGUGAAAAAGAAGGAAAUUGAUGAAUUUAUUUAUCUAGCAGAACAAAAGAGGUUGAAACUGAUAGAACUUGCUAGUGUUUCUGCAGAUGAAGCAAAAACUUGUUUGGACUUGGUUGGAUUGAGAAAGAGUUUGGCAUCCUCCUUCUUGAAGUCCAGGGAAGAUAAAGUGAGGUUGGCAAAGACAGAAGUAAAAAUUCUGGAGGACAUCCAAAUGCUCAAACAACAAAUCUCUGGUUCAAGAACCACUCUUCAGGAACUAUCAUCGUCAAGGGCAAGCAUCGAGGAAGAAAUUGUUUCAUUUAAGCAGAGAAUAGGCUUUAUUGACAAAAGAGGCCCUGAGCUGGAGGCUGAAAAGAAAGUUGCUGCUGCUGCAAGAAAUUUCAAGGAAGCAGGGCGAAUAGCUGCUGAGGCAAAGGCACUGAAUAUUGAAAAGGAAGACUUACAAAAUAAAAGGGAGAAGGCUGUUUUAGAGCUGGAGAAAUUAGAGAAGGAGAUCAAAGGUAUCCUGGACAAAAUACAGGAGUGCGAAAUGCAGAUUUCACAAAAGGAAAAAGAGGCAGCAACGACAAGUUUUAAGAGGCUCCAAUUAAUAGCUGCUGCUGCUAGGGCAGAGAGGGCAGAAGCUCUUGAAAUGGGUGAUGAUGAAGAAGGUGACAUAUUACUUAAGGAGGCUGAGAGUGCAGAAUGCAAAACAAGGGAGCUUCAAGAAGCAUAUGGCCUUGAACCAGACGGCAAUGAGAAGACGUCGGAUCAUUUUGUUUCCAUAGCUUCUAUCAUUAAUCUUGCAGGACAACAUUUAGCUGAAAUGGCUUCAUCUUUAAAACUACCCGUAGCCAGUGGGUAACAACUGUAGCUGGUAAUAUGGCCACCCAAUCUGAAGCAUGAUGUGCUCACGAAACGUGCUAGUCGAAUGGAAGUUUUCUUGGAGUCCUAUCAUGCCAGUUCUGAGCAUUUUUUAGGCACUUUUUUUGUAAGCACGAGCAAUUCCUUUAGUUUCGUGAAUCAAGAUCCGAGGCAGCUUGAGAUUUUUUCUUCUCUUAUUUUGCUUAUAUUUGAGCCUGGUUUUCUUUUUCCUUUUUCACCCAUUUAAUCUUAAGUCGAGUCUAUUUGUUACUUUAAUUUUACUAAACCCAAAUUGCAAUGCACUGGAUGAUCUGCACAUAUCAGCAUCGUGAUCUUUUGCUUUC